GAUGAGUUGAUAGCAUUCGUAAAAGGUGGAGAUAAUCUCCUCAGCCUUCCCUCUGUACAGUAGGCUCAUUAUUCUCGAGUCCAGGAACAAUCGGGGUGGCAAUGAGAUCGGCGCGUCAUUAUUUCUGUGGAGGCACAGAGGAAGGUUGCGUCCAAAUGGUCUCCAGUAGCAUUUCUCCGCAGCUCCUUUUCUUUUGCAACUUAAAUCCAUUGUAACUUCCCGACGCGUCACGGCUGUAAACCACGAAUCAAACGGUUGCUGUUUCAUUUAGAUUCCCUCCGCGGUCGGGCGGGUAGGGGUCCCUCUGUUGUUGCUGCGGACGCGUCGCGUCUUCUUCCUCUGGUCUGUGGCGAGUGUGGGGCUUGAUUGAUCGGCUGAGGAGGCAGAAGUUGGAGGGUCAUCCGGAGGAGUUCGCCAGUGAGACCAACACUCCAGCACCUAGGACAGAUCCCCAACAGCUGGCUGGCAAACAUGCUCAAAGUGGCCAACAUCUGGACUCGGCUCCGUCUCAUGAAGCCCGGCGCGCUUUGCGUGUAGUCCGCCGAUGCGCGGCUGGUGCACAGAAGACUGCAAGACAGAUAUAGCUUCAAAAAAGGACAUAUCAGAAAUGCUGUGCUCAGAAGACUUAAAAGUACUCCAGUCCUCGUGAACCUCCACCGUCCUGUUCUUUGACCACCUCAACCCUGCGGCCUGAUCCUACCAUGCUGCAUGCAGUACUUGGCCCCAACUGGGGGGCCAGUUUUGCCCUUUAUUGGCCCUUUCACGUGUUCCUGUUGGAGGCGCUGAUUCCCGGGGUUCUGCCAAGCAUCUCCAGAUUACCGCCUUCAGCCAAACGUGAGAUCAUCAUGGAUGGGGACUUGGUGAUCGGUGGCUUGUUCCCUGUGCACGAGAAAGGUGAAGGGAUGGAAGACUGUGGGAAAAUCAACGAGGCACGGGGCAUCCAGAGACUGGAGGCCAUGCUUUUGGCGCUCGAUGAGAUUAAUUCCAGCGAUCGCAUCCUUCCUGGGCUCCAGCUGGGCGCCCACAUCCUAGACACCUGUUCCAAGGACACCUACGCUCUGGAGCAGUCCCUGGAUUUUGUCAGGGCGUCCCUCACCAAGGUGCACGAUCCAGGCUUCAUCUGCCCCGACGGAUCCAGACCCAUCCAAAACGAGGUUCCGCUGGCCAUUUCUGGAGUCAUUGGAGGAUCCUACAGUGAUGUCUCAAUUCAGGUGGCCAACCUCCUGCGUUUGUUCCAAAUACCUCAGAUCAGCUACGCCUCCACCAGUGCGAAGCUCAGUGACAAGACUCGCUAUGACUACUUUGCCCGUACCGUGCCCCCAGACUUCUACCAGGCCAAGGCCAUGGCGGAAAUCCUGCGUUACUUCAACUGGACCUACGUGUCAACGGUAGCAUCAGAGGGCGACUACGGCGAGACCGGCAUCGAUGCCUUCCAACAGGAGGCCCGCAACCGCCAAAUCUGCAUCGCCACUUCGGCCAAGGUGAGCCGCAGCAUGAACCGGCAGGGCUACGAGAACGUGAUCCGCUCCCUUCAGCAGAAGUCCAACGCCAAGGUGGUCAUCCUGUUCACCCGCAGCGAGGACGCCCGCGAGCUGCUGUCCUCCGCGGCACGAAUGAACACCUCGUUUAUCUGGGUGGCCAGCGACGGAUGGGGAGCCCAGGAGAGCGUGGUGAGGGGCAGCGAGUCGGCGGCAGAUGGGGCCUUCACUAUUGAACUGGCCUCCUACCCGAUCAGAGAGUUCGAAGACUAUUUCACGAAGCUGAACCCGUACACCAACACCAGGAACCCGUGGUUUAAGGAGUUCUGGGAGCACCGGUUCGGCUGCAGCCUCCAGGAUCACAGCUGCAGCGAACACAGCUUGCGAGACGGAAACUUCGAGCAGGAGUCCAAGAUCAUGUUUGUGGUGAACGCCGUGUACGCCAUGGCCUUCGCUCUGCACAACAUGAGGCAAGCCGUGUGCUCCAACACAUCCAAGGUCUGCGACGCCAUGAAACCAGGCAAUGGCAAGAGGUUCUACAAAGAGUUCAUCCUGAAGACCAAGUUUGAAGCUCCUUUCAGACCCGUGGACACAGAGAGCAUGGUGCGCUUCGACUCAAUAGGCGACAGCAUCAGUCGCUACAACAUAUUUCACUACCACAAGGAGGAAGGCAAGUUUGUAUACAAGAAAGUCGGCUACUGGGACCAGAUACUGAUCCUGAACACCAGCGUGGUGCCUUGGCGUGGCCUCGUUCCCCCGACCUCCCAGUGUAGCGAUCCAUGCAGGAAGAAUGAGGUGAAGAGCAUGCAGCCCGGAGACGUGUGCUGCUGGAUCUGUAUUCCAUGCCAGCCCUACCAGUACCUGCAGGAUGAGUUCACCUGCGCCGACUGCAGCUUUGGUCAGUGGCCGCUGGCUAAUUUGACCGGGUGUUACGAUCUGCCUGAAGAGUACAUCCGCUGGGAGGACGCCUGGGCUAUCGGGCCUGUUACCAUCUCCUGCCUCGGCAUAAUGUGUACUCUGACCGUUGUGGGCAUUUUCCUAAAGCACAACGAAACGCCCGUAGUCAAAGCAAGUGGACGUGAGCUGUCCUAUUUCCUCCUGAUUGGAGUGCUGAUGUGCUACAGCAUAACCUUCAUCUACAUCGCUAAGCCGUCCACUGCUGUGUGCACGCUGCGAAGACUUGGACUGGGCACCUCCUUUGCCGUGUGCUACUCCGCCUUGCUGACGAAGACCAACCGCAUUGCUCGGAUCUUCAGCGGGGUGAAAGAUGGAGCCCAGCGGCCGCGCUUCAUCAGCCCGGCUUCCCAAGUGGUGAUAUGUAGCGCUCUCAUCUCCUGCCAGCUGCUGGUGGCCAUCAUCUGGCUCCUGGUGGAGGUGCCCGGGGUUCGGAAGGAGAUCACCGCAGAGAGGAGAAACGUGGUCACGCUGAAGUGCAACAGCAAGGACAGCAGCAUGCUCCUGUCGCUCACCUACAACUGCGUCCUCAUCAUCCUCUGCACGGUCUACGCCUUCAAGACGAGGAAGUGCCCGGAAAACUUCAACGAGGCCAAGUUCAUUGGGUUCACGAUGUACACCACCUGCAUCAUCUGGCUGGCUUUCCAGCCCAUAUUCUAUGUCACUGCCAGUGACUACAGGGUGCAGACCACCACCAUGUGCAUCUCUGUCAGCCUGAGCGGCUCCGUGGUUCUUGGCUGCCUCUUUGCCCCCAAAAUCCACAUCAUCCUGUUCCAGCCCCAGAAAAACGUGGCCACACUCAGAGUCACAACCAACCGCUUCAGUGCCACCGUCUCGACGACCGCCUCAGCACCCAGCUCCAGCUACUCAAAAGGACUGCCUGGCCGAGUCGGAUUUUAACUACAAUAUACGAAGGAUCAGCCUCGAACUACGUGCCAGCAGUUUGCAACGGCCGUGAGGUGGUGGACUCGACGACGUCGUCUUUGUGAAAACGUUCCUCUGAAAGCACAGGAGUCCAUCCCCAUCGUCAGCCGUCCUUCCAUCAAACGCGGGCCUGCGUCUCACCGGGGGCCCUUCCCCUUCCCUUGACAUCUCCCGUGUUGCAGAGAGAUAACCGGCAGGCAAGCAACCAGAGCAACUCUAACUGUGAAAGCUAAAAAAAAUGUUUCCCGCUUCCGAGCAGUAUGUAACAACUGUAAAGCCUUUUUUUGUAUAGAUUUUAAAUGCUGUGAUCUCCAUUGGUUUACAGAUAGAUGUGAUUUACUGCACUGUGCCUUGUCUUUAAAGAGUCUUAUUGUGAAACUGGGUGGUUGUGAAGAAAUAGUGUAAUACAAAAUGCUGUUCUUAUCUAGUCCUAACAGUGCUGUGAAUAUAUCUAGAUGUUUUAGACAUUGUCAAAAUAAAAAAAAAUUAAAAAGAUGCUUUGAAGUGAAUUUAGCCCAUCUGUUGAAACAAAACGUGUGACUAACCGUAGUGAAUGACGGAACCUAGACGCUGUAAAGGACAUGUGUUACUGUAGACUAGAUUAAAAGUGUGUACUUUCUUGUAAUUAAUGUAAAUAAGAUGUUUUUUAAAUUAAAAACUCAAUUUUACUCAAACCCAAA